GCUUCCUGUAGCACUGAAACUUUAUUGAAACUGAAGAACUGCUGAGUGACAUGGACAAAAUAGAUUUGCCCCCGGUGGGUCCUGAUGACUUGCCUCUGUCUCUGCUGGAGAUGGGCUGUUCUGGGAGAUUUGAGCUCAUCACGCACACACUACCCAAAAACAAACCCCUGCCUCCACACAGCACUCUCCCUCAUGGAUUGCCUCCUACUUGUCUGGAUUUAAAGACAGAAGUAGAAAAGCGUUUUCUGCGAGAUCCUGCUUGGCUCCCGGUACAUGAUGUAGAUGAUGCCUUCAGCAAGUUCCUUAAGAUAAGUAAGAGAGAAAAAGAGGUGGACUCUCUCCUGCAUUGUUCGCUGUCUCCACUGCAUUCUGGUCUGUCUGUGGUCAGAGAUCCAACCACCGGUAUGCUGCUGGAUUUCACUGAGGUGUUAUUAGAGGACACAGCAUUGUCUGCAAAAAAUUCCCUCUCAUUACAAAGACAACCUGGACCUCCGUCAGAGAGUCUGAGAGGGAGCAACACAAACUAUCCAUUUCUUCCAGCUGGAAUGGAAGAACUGACGUUAGAGCAGAUUAAAAACAAGUCAGAGCUGGAAGAAGACAUUGACUUUGAGAAAGAUUUGAUGACAGUUCCUCCUGGGCUGAAGGCUGGUAUGGACUUCAGUGACAAAGAAGCCAGGAGCACAAAGAGUGAGGUGAACCUGCUGUCACUUCUAUCUACUUUUGAUGAUGUCCUUGAUGCUCCACCAGAGGAGAAAGAGGGCGUCUCACAAAAAGAGGAGAUUGUUAAACUUCCCAGAACUAACAGCCUGGAGGACCUGGGCAUUAAAGAUACGGGCAGCUCUCCUUCACAGCCUCAAGGGAACACAGCCAGUCUGACUGAACAAAAGAAGAAAAACCAGGAAGAAGAAAAGGGAGACAAUAAAAAAUGGGCCAUUCCCGUGGACAUCAGCUCACCAUGUGCUGACUUUUACAAACGGAUCCCUGAUCCAGCGUUUAAGUAUCCCUUUGAGCUGGACGUGUUUCAGAAGCAGGCUAUUCUCCGUCUGGAAGCUCAUGAUUCUGUCUUUGUUGCGGCUCACACCUCAGCCGGCAAGACUGUGGUGGCUGAAUACGCUAUUGCACUUUCCCAGAAACACAUGACCAGGACCAUUUACACCUCCCCCAUUAAGGCCUUGUCCAAUCAGAAGUUCCGAGACUUCAAGAACACAUUCGGUGAUGUGGGACUUUUGACUGGAGACGUGCAACUGAACCCAGAAGGCUCUUGUCUCAUUAUGACCACUGAGAUUUUGAGAUCGAUGCUCUAUAAUGGCUCGGAGGUCAUCAGAGAUCUAGAAUGGGUCAUUUUUGAUGAGGUUCACUACAUCAAUGACGCAGAGAGAGGAGUGGUGUGGGAGGAAGUGCUCAUCAUGUUGCCGGAGCAUGUUAGCAUCAUCCUGCUCAGUGCCACAGUGCCAAACGCAGUGGAGUUCAGUGAAUGGAUCGGGCGUAUCAAGAAGCGACAUAUUUACGUGAUCAGCACAAUUAAGAGGCCUGUUCCUCUAGAGCACUAUCUCUAUACCGGCAACAGCACCAAGACUCAGAAAGAGCUGUUUAUGCUGCUGGACGCCACUGGAAACUUUCUCACUAAAGGCUACUAUGCCGCAGUGGAAGCCAAGAAGGAGCGCACUAGUAAACAUGCACAGUCUUUUGGCACAAAAAACGUAUCGCAGCACAACACAACAGCCAGUCAGGAUCGUGCGGUGUGGCAGACGCUGUUGAAUUAUCUGUCUCAGAGGCAGCAGACUCCAGUGGUGGCAUUCACAUUCUCUCGGACCCGCUGUGAUGAAAAUGCUCGCUCUUUGACCUCUCUGGACCUCACCACCUCCAUAGAGAAGAGCGAGAUCCACUCCUUCCUGCAGAAGAGCUUGACCAGACUGAGAGGAGGCGAUCGACAGCUACCUCAGAUUCUGCUGAUGCGUGAUUUGUUGAAGAGAGGGAUUGGUGUUCAUCACAGCGGCAUCCUGCCAAUCCUGAAGGAAGUUAUCGAAAUGCUCUUCUCCAGAGGUUUAGUUAAGGUUCUGUUUGCUACAGAGACAUUUGCCAUGGGUGUGAACAUGCCUGCCAGAACUGUUGUGUUCGACAGCAUCCGCAAACAUGACGGCACAGGAUUCAGAAAUCUUCUGCCCGGUGAGUACAUUCAGAUGGCGGGUCGUGCCGGCAGAAGAGGUUUGGAUGCUACAGGAACCGUUAUCAUCCUCUGUAAAGCUGGAGUUCAUGAUAUGGGAGACCUUCACGCCAUGAUGCUGGGGAAGCCGACGGUGCUGCACUCCCAGUUCAGACUGACCUACACCAUGAUCCUGAAUCUGCUGCGUGUGGAGGCCCUGAGGGUCACCGACAUGAUGAAGAGGAGCUUCUCUGAAAACCACAGGGAUACACAGGCUCACGAGAAGAGAAUAAGGGAGCUGAGAAACACUCUGUCUUCUCUUCCUCCGCUGGACACGGAGGGGCAGUUGUCUGAUUUACUGUCAUAUUACCACACAAUCACAGAGCUGCACAUCACCACUCAGAGCCUGCAGCAAGCUGUUCUGGAGUCAGUCAAUGGACUUAAAGCUCUGUCUGUUGGAAGGGUGGUAGUAGUGAACAACAGCCAGCAUCACAACUCUCUGGGAGUCCUUCUACAGGUGUCCAGCGAUGCAGUAAAUCGCACCUUCACCGCUCUCAUUAUCUGUGAGAAGGGUAACGAGGAGGCGGUCGGUGAUGAUCAGUCUAAUAAAGUUGUACUUCCCAUCUAUAGCACAACACUGUUUAUUCCAGAGGGACCCUGCAGUCAUACUGUGCAGAAACUGAAGUUGCAGGACAUUUCUGCUAUUACAACCAAAGCACUCAAAGUCAUCCCAGAGAGAAUCAUUGACAACUACAACAAAAGACAACAGCCACGCUUCAGGCUUGAUCCACCAGGUCAAGCUAUCUCUACAGCAACUCAGGAGCUCCUUCGUUUGGCUGAGGCAAAUAUGGGUGGCAUGACUAUCCUUGACCCAGUGAAUGACCUGCACCUGAAGGGAGUGGAUGUGGUGGAGGGUGUGAUGAGGCAGCGAGUGUUACAAGACUCUCUAAAAGACUUCCACUGUGUCCACUCACCCACCUUCUCUGAACAGUUUACACGUGUGCAGGAGAGAAUGAGUGUACAGGAAGAGCUUGAUAAGCUUCUGUUCCUGGUGUCUGAUCAGUCGUUGACACUUCUGCCUGAGUACCAUCAGAGAAUCAAGGUGCUGGAAGCGCUGCAGUAUGUGGACAGCAGUGGUGCGGUUCAGCUGAAGGGUCGUGUGGCUUGUCAGAUCAGCAGUCAUGAGCUCUUACUGACUGAACUCCUGUUUGAGAACACUCUGAGUCCUCUGGCCCCUGAGGAGAGCGCCGCCCUGCUGUCCUGCCUCGUCUUCACACAGAACACCCAGAUAGAACCACACAUCACCAACACGCUGCAGGAGGGAAUCAGUCAAGUUCUUGCUGUUGCCCAGCGUAUCGGUGACCUGCAGAGAGAUUGUGGGAUUGCUCAGACCGCUGAAGACUUUGUGGCCCAGUUCAAGUUUGGCCUGACUGAGGUUGUGUACUGCUGGGCAAGAGGAAUGCCUUUUGCUGAGAUAGCCCAGCUGACGGAUGUGCAGGAGGGGACAAUCGUGCGCUGCAUCCAGAGGCUGGACGAGGUCCUGAAGGAGGUCCGACAGGCUGCUCGCAUUGUGGGAGACUCUGUCCUGGGCAGCAAGAUGGAAAGAGCCUCUCUGUCCAUACGCAGAGACAUUGUGUUCACCGCCUCGCUCUACACACACUGAAACUGGCAGACACAAACACACUGAAUGGAGUGGGGUAUAAUUAUAGUGUACAGAACAUGGACCUACAGAACUGAACUUGAACUCCUGAGUGCAUGUUUACACUGAGUGUGCACGUGCCUCAUAACAGACCAAAUUGUGAUCUCAAUAUGAAAUGGAGGUUGAGACCAGAAAUGAACUGUAAUUAACUAUACAGCAAUAAAAUGAGCUGUGUCUGGAA